AUGUUGGAAGAGUGCGCCGCGGCCGGCCGGCUUUGCAUGCAGCGGCGCGGUGCCCUGCAGCGGGUGAAGGACGCCCUGGAGAAGGUCGAUUGCCGGGACUACCAGGCCCGCCUCUUGGCGGCGCAGGCGGCGUCUGCGGCCUUGCGGACGAAGCUCGAGCGGAGGGCCCAAAGCGCCGCGGAAGGCGCCGAGGUCCAAGCCCCGGAGGCUCGCGGGCACGCGGCGCCAGAAGCAGCGCAGCCGCCCGCACCGGCGGCGGUGUGCAACAGCAAGGUGCAGAGGACGGCCGAUGCCUGGAAGGCCGAAGUUUCAAGGCUGAGCCUGGCCUUGGCGGAAAGGCGGCGGCUCAAUGAUUGCCUGAAGCUGGAGGUUCAGGUUCAGGAGACGGCAUUCCAGUCGCUGAUCCAGCUGGGCGACCACCAAGUGGCAGACCUCUCCUGUGUCCAGGAGCGGAAUGCGUCCUUGGCACAAGAGCACGAGCAAUCGAGCCUCGAGUGCCGCGAGCAUCACCGGACUUACUGGCAGGAGCAGGCACCUUACCAGGGCUCCGACGUAGACGACGUCGACGGCUUGCAGCUCCGCGCCGCGUCGCUGCACAAGGAGCUCAGCAAGCUGGAGGCCAAACUCCUCGAAGCGCGUCGUGCCGCCGACAGUGCGUCCCAGGACGCCUUGGGAGCUGCGCGAGGGGUCCUGCACAAGAGUUUCGAGGCUGCCUUGCAGUCCCCCAGCUCGGGGUCUCCUCCGGCGGUGUGCAGCGCUGGCAAGGAGGCCGGCAGCACUCGUGGUGAGUUCCGGAUGCAGCCGGAGGGCUCCGGCCUAGAAGAGCCGGAGGGCGAAUUGGCUGCAGGUGCCGAGGAUGCGAACAGCGACCUUGGCGGCUUCGAUGACGAGAGCCGAGAGGGAAGUGAAGGUGAAGGCGGCGAGCUCGAAUCAUCGCCUCCCUGUGGUGAGCCUGCCGACGAGACGGCUCUCUCUGCAUGUCCCACCCCUGGUGCCCCUGGUGCGGACGAGGUGGGCGCUGCGAGCUGCGGGCCUAGGGCGCCUGAAGCCAAGCCGGAGACGGAGUUGGGGCAGGACAUUGACCAGGCGAUCAGGAACAUGUCGAGGCACAUCGAACGCUUUGAACGCGCGAGCCGGACUGUCCACAUCGCACCUCCUCCGUCGAGCCCAGACGCCUCAGCUGAUCACCCGAGCAGAGGAUGUGCAAGAGGCGGUGAAGGCGACCUUCGCCAUGCUGCUGGGGGUGGCGCCAUGAGGAUGCUGGAAGAGACGGUGAAAGAGAAUCGCGUCCUCCAACUUCAAAUCGAACACUGCCGCGAGAGAUUGCGGCAGCGGCUGCUGCAGCAGGAGAUCGCGCAGCACCGGCUCAAGGCCCAGCUGCAAACCUUGCGGCCGACAGGGGCGCGGGGAGCGGCCCGUCCCUCCUCCCGAUGGGCGCCAUCGGCCCUCAGGAGCUGCAAGGAGGUUUAG